AUGCAACUAACAAAUAUUGUAAUACGAAAAAAAACUGCAUUUUCUGGAAUACUCAUUUUUGGACUACAAAUAUAUAAGGAGCUAACUAAAACUAUACCAAAGAAGAAUUAUCUGCGAUGUGUUAAACCUCUUAAUGAUCUUAGCAAUUAUUCACAUAGAAAUAGAACUAAAAGAGCAGCAAAAAGUUUAUUUGACGAUUUUGAAUCAAAAAAAAAUAAAAUUUGGAAUCCGAAAGAUAAUCCUAGACUUAAAGAAAUAGUAAUAGAAGUGGGUAAGCAGCCAUGGUUAAUAAAGUUUAAUAAGGAUCAACAAUUAGAAAAAAAUAAGUCACAAAAAAUAAUUCAAACAAUGGAUCAAUCCAAUGUUUCACAAAAAGGAUAUAGAGCUCUGACAGUCACUUCAUAUAAUUUACCAAAAGAAUGA